UCAGUUUGGUCUACUGACCGAACGUCAUAGAACGUAAUUAAUAUUCAUAAGCCAAGCGUUCGCCAUAGUAAGGUUUAUAUUAUUCUCCACCUGCUGGUCUUCUCUCGGUUAAGAUGGCCACUAGUCCCAAAAGACCCUCACUGGGGGCAGUAGCCCCUCGUAAAAAAGCCAGUCCCAAGCCUGAACUGACAGAGGAGCAGAAGCAGGAGAUCCGGGAGGCGUUUGAGCUCUUUGACACCGAUGGCUCUGGUUAUAUUGAGGUCAAGGAGUUAAAGGUGGCCAUGAGAGCGCUGGGGUUUGAGCCUAAGAAGGAGGAGAUCAAGAAAAUGAUCGGAGAGGUUGAUAAGGAUGCUACUGGAAAGAUCUCUUUCGGUGAUUUUCUGACAGUGAUGACUCAAAAAAUGGCUGAAAAGGACUCCAAGGAAGAAAUUCUCAAAGCCUUUCGGCUUUUUGACGAUGACGAGACUGGAAAAAUAUCUUUCCGGAAUCUAAAGAGAGUGGCCAAAGAACUCGGGGAAAACCUCACAGACGAGGAGCUGCAGGAAAUGAUUGAUGAAGCAGACCGAGAUGGGGAUGGAGAAGUGAACCAGCAGGAGUUUCUCCGCAUCAUGAAGAAAACAAGUUUGUACUGAAUCUUAUCAGAAGCACAGGAGUAUGAGAAAUAUUCAUUUCUGUGUAAACAUGUUUUUAUGAUUUUGCCGUUUUAUGCACAGUACCAUUCCCAGACCUUGAUGCCUGUCAGCCCCAGCGAUCAUUUCAGAUCUGUGUGGGCUGGACAAACAGAUAAUCGUCAAUUGUUUACACUCUGUAUUCUCAAAUCUUAUCAGUUAAGAUAUAAACAGUAGCAUGUAACACAGUCAUAUAUGGUGUGUGUGGUAUGCUCUGAAAUAUUGUGUGAAUCUGUCAUAACAUGGGUAAAUCUCACCUAGAAAGCAAAUGUUUUGGGGUCAUAUUUCGAAAUAAAUAAAAAAUGGAUUUUGCAU